AUGAGGUACUCAACUGCCUGUUCGGCAUGUCGCGCGCGACGGCGCAAGUGCGAGGUGCCCAUCGGCGGCGGCCAGUGCACGUACUGCGCGACGCAGAACAUCGCCUGCUCCCGCGCCGGCUCCAUCAUCCAACCCAAGGCCACGCCCAUCAGUCCCGUCUCGGCGACGAGUAUGACGCCAAAGACGCCCACCGUCACCGAGAUCAUGAUCGCCACCCCGCCCGGAAUCACGCCCUCGGCCGCCGUCGCCGACAAGGCGCUCUGCUUCGAGCUCGUGGAGCUGUACUUCAAGUACAUCCACGACCAGCUCCAUUCUCUCUUCCACAGGCCCAGCUUCAUGCUGGAUCUCCACGAAGGCACCGCACCGCUGGUGCUAGUGUACGGCAUGAUGGCCUUGUCAGCAAGGUUCUCCUCGAACCCCAUUUUCAACGGAAUCUCCCCCAUCUCAAGAGGAGAGCUCUUCGCAAACGAGGGAAACCUGCUGCUCAACCUGCGGGACGUAUCUCUCACCAGCAUCCAAGCCUGUGUUCUCCUCGGCGCAUACUCCAUCGUCGAGGGCGAGGCCGGCGCCGAGACCGUCUUCUACUCGGCGGCGUGCAGGAUAGCCAAUUACCACGAUCUGCCGAACCUGCCGACCCCUGACCCGCUGCAGCGGGAGAUUCACAUCAGAGUGUAUUGGUCGCUUUGCAUGAUUGACGUUUGGUCCUCCACCGGCGUCAACCUCCCGCGCCUCAUGAACCGUCGGAUGGACGUCCCGCUACCCAUGAACGAAUCGACGUUUCUCAACAUGACGCGCGCCACCAACAACCACUUCGACUUCAUCCUAUCCCCCAACCGGGAGGACUCGCUGAUCGCCCAGAUGAUCAAGCUGAACAGCAUCCUGAUGAGGGUCAACGACGCCAUCAAGAGCCUCACGUCGGAUGUCGACGUCACGAACAUCGACGAGACCGUGUCGCAGCUGUCGCAGGAGCUGGAGGCCUGGGAGGUCGAGCUGCCGCCGGGCCUCCGCGACACACCGAGCAACCUGCACUCCUUCGCCGCCCAGGGCCUGGGCCGCAUCUUCAUCGCCGUGCACACGGGCCACUACCACUACAGCCAGCUGCUCUACUACCAGUACCUUGACGAGGUCCAGCGCUUCCCCACGUCGCCGACGGCCCAGAUGUUCGCCCGGAAGUGCAAGGAGAACGCCAUCUCCAUGUCGCGCAUCAUCGACCUCGCCAACACGACGCCCGGCUGCGACGCCAAGUUCAACAUGCUCGGGCACAUCAUCGUCAUCACGUCGUCCAUCUUCAUCCACACGCUGCUCUUCGAGACGGACGAGGCCGAGAUCGCCAACGCCCGCGCCACCCUCGAGCGCCACUUCAACACCCUCGUCGCCCUGCGCGUCUACUGGCCCGCCCUCGAGGUCUGCUUCGCCCGCCUGAGGACCUUCCACGAGCUGUGUCGCAAGAGCAUGAACACGAGCUACCGGAUGGACCGCUGGAUGCUCCGGUUCCUGACAGAGUUCGCGCGGCCGAUUGACGAGAAGGAGCGGGAUGAAGACGGGCUCAUGGACCUCGACCGGUGGAGCGUGGGUAACAUCGGCAUCAGCCCGGAGAACUGGGCGUGA